AUGGAAUCCAAGACCUCGCUGUCGCCUUUCGGAGAUGACCGCCGUUCGCUGAAUCAGAGCCCUUCACCGUCAGCCCUACGAGCUCUCACCUCGUCCCGCCUCAGUCUCGGCCGCGCACGACGGGACUCUUGCUCCACGAGUUCGACUUCCGUGUCCUCAUCCCGCUCCUCCAUUGACUCCACUACCUCUCCAUCAUGCGUUACUCGCACCGUAUCACCAGACCAAUGCGCUCUACACAGAUUCAUCGUGUGGGCCGCCGUCCAGCGCAACAAGUCCCAAAAGAUGACGGCCGCUGACCGUCUCGAAUGUCCAAUGCUGCGCUGUCGCAAAAGGUUCCCAGACCAUGCGGCUAUGUUGGAGCACCUCUACGAUUGCCCUCAGCUCCGCACUGGCGAGUAUUGGUGUUAUGAGUGUGGCAAGGCUGAGAAGUUCACCGAUGGAAACUGUAAACGCUGCCUCGGCCAUCCUGGAAAGAGACGCAAGAUCAUGAACGUUGCCAAAAGCUUCUUCUCCUCGUUGGGGCAAAAGUCAAGGAACCACCAGAGUCUUCCCGAUUUCCGCCUAGACAACGUAUCCCAAGUCGCUAUGGCACCACCCCCGAGCUACGACUCCUUGCACGUUCAACCACAGCAAGUUGAGCUUUCCUCGUCAUCGGAGAUCUUAGAGAUUGAUUCUGUCGAGGUCCCCUGGCCCACACCGAUGAAUACCAACCAUAACACUGUGGACACUCAACCUCAUGCUUCUACGGGCUUGGUUCAGACAGCCCUCCACCAACACGUGUCCAUCAUGCCCGAUCUCUCGUUCAACUGGCCCCUACAGAACAAUAUGAACAUGAACGAGAACACAAUGGGCAAAGUCGACCGGCCGUCAUUGUCCCUUCAUACUUACGACCUUGGCCAUUCCCGUAAACAGCACCAGCUUACGACGCGGACUAAGAACCUUUCUCCUAGCAAUUCACUCAGAUCGAACGCGAGCACUGAUACGACUGCCAGCUACCUUGUUUCGCCUGCUUCUGCCUUCAGUGGUGCAUGGACGACUGCCGAGACGACCAUCACGUCACCAACCUCUGACGGCGGCUCAGGUGGAUUCCUUUCUAGAGGAUGCUCUAGUGCGAGUCGGUACUCAAACAGUAGCUUGCAGCCGCAUGACUUUAUCUCGGAGCUUCCAGCAGACGACAUUCCACUAGAGCCUCUUCCCACAACACUUCCAGCCGUCGACUACGACCAGCAGGCGCCCUUAUUGGAGAUACCAAUCCCCGUCAGCCCCUUAUCUGAAGCGGCCGACGCUCCUGCUCAGCAGAAAUUCGACCCUCGUGCGCUGGCCAACUUUUCGGAAGAGACAUCGUUUGUCCGUGUUAUCGGCGCCGACUCGCUCGUCGCUUCGGCGUGGGAUACGCUCAAGACUCACAUCAGCUCAUCACUCGAAAAGCUGCAGCAUUUCUCUCAGAAUCCUGUAGUAGCUCAGCUGCGGAAUCUUUCACCACGACAAGUGGCUGAAAGGGGUCUGGCUGCGCUGAAAGGCAUGUCUGAGGGCAGACAUCCAGCGACCAGCAUCGAUACACUUUGCUUUGUUCACCUCACCUACUCGCUCUCGCUCAUCAUCCUCGAAGAUGGUGCUCGGGAUCGCUCGAGGGAGCUGUUCGCUCAAACCUCAAUUUACAGCCAAGCGCUCCCUGAGUGGGAGCAAUCAGACUAUCUUCGAGUGGCAUCAGCGAUCUGGCAGCCCUUAGGUCUAUCUCCUGGUGAGCUAGACGGUUUCUUAUUGGAACAACCCGAGGAGUCAGUUUCUCAGUCAUCGAGCCUGAAGGGAAAGGAGCGAGCCUAUGCUCCAUCGACAUCUAGACUUGGACAGGAUAGGAUGUUGGAGGUGGCACACUUCUUCUUAGAUGAGUUGAACUAUGCCUCCCUGCCCAGCGCGGACCUCCAAUCGGGCGAAUUCUUCUGCUCAAUGCUUUGGAAACAGCAUUUCGAGGAUGAGGCUCCCUUGAAUGGAGCACUAGCUGCAAGCUUUAAGGAAAUUCGCAGCAAAAUCAACCACGACUUCCUUCACGCCGAUGGUCUCAAUUCAAAGUUGAGACGUAUCCAGAAGCGCAUCGACGACGGCAAUAUCCGAGACGCCAGGCAUGCGGAGCUAGAGCUCAUGCAAGCCGGCAAAGGUUGCGUCUCGUUGCAAAAAUACUUUGACAAAUAUGUUCCGGAGGUUAGGGCACAAAUCGAGACCCUCUAUUCUAAUCCUAUGAUAGGGGUUACCACGCGAACAAGCUAUUAUGCAUUCGCUAUUGAUCUGAUGGAGUCUAUCAUUCGCAGAAUUUGCGAAAAGGAGAGGACGAAGCACGCCGCGCAGGCCCCUUCAAAGAUGGCUAGCGAGGUAACCCUCGACGAAUUCAUGAGGAUGACAACAACCCUAGGCGAGACGACUUGGGAGGAUUUCCUGCCGACGACGACUGAGACGCCACCUAUGCCGACGCCCGUGCCUGAUGGUUACAUGGAGGUAGACAGCAAUGGCUUGCCGGAUCCCUUGGCUGUGUUCUAUGACGGGAUUACAGCAGGACCAGCCUUCCCGACACCACCGCCAUCCAAGACUCUACCCAUAAACGUCCCUGACGAGUCUGCGGCCGAAGUGCGAGAAGAUCACCCCUCCCACUUAGGACUCAAGGUCGAGGCUGAGGCCAACAAGUGUUGUGAUAUUUGUGGAUACCGACCAAAAGGCGAUCCACAGUGGUUCAAGGGCAGCAUGGCAAAGCACAAGAAGCUGCAACACUCGAAGGCGCCACCAAAGAUUUACAAGUGCCCGUAUCCGGGUUGCACGAGCCAGUACAAGAACCGGCCGGACAAUCUGAAGCAGCACCAGCAAGACAAGGGCCACUUUGUCGACGGCGGCGAGACGGAGCGGAGACCGAGCAAAAGGAAAAAGAGAGAUGAGUAA